CUACCUGGUCUCACUACCAAGUUCACGGUCGUCGCAGAAACGUCUAGAACUGCUUUUCUUUGAUGGCACAACCAUGGGCAGAAUUUUGGGCUUUGUGGUGGCUUGUGUUGUGAUUCCAUGCGUUUUACCAGCUCGUUACGUACCGAAGUGGAAGAAACAGGCUUGCGAAUUACCGUCAUCUCACAAUGAGCAUUCUCAUUACAUAUGCGAUGAUGAUGGGGAAGUGAAGUGUCUACCAGGAUGGAUUGGCGAUUUAUGUGAUGUGCCCAAAUGCCGACCUGGGUGUGACCCAUUACAAGGAUACUGUAACAGACCCGGGGAAUGUUUGUGCAAACUGGGCUAUUACGGUGAAAAGUGUAAUAAAUGUAUUGCUUUGCCUGGAUGCCAGCAUGGGUACUGCAACACAAGUUUUGAAUGCAUUUGUCAUGAUGGAUGGGACGGGAUAUUUUGCUCCGAACCAAUCUGCAGGCUUGACUGCCAUUCAACUCGUGGGUACUGCGACAGUCCCGGCGAGUGCAGAUGUCGUCUGGGCUGGGCUGGAAAGAACUGCAAAGAUUGUCAAGUCCUUCCAGGAUGCCAACAUGGAUAUUGCGAUAAACCUCUUGAAUGUAAAUGUUAUCCCGGAUACACCGGAAUUCUAUGUCAGACACCUAUCUGUUCAAAAACUUGUCACAAAGAGAGAGGCUACUGUAGAAAGCCAGGCGAAUGUAGAUGCAAAGUAGGUUGGUGGGGAACUAAUUGUGAGAAAUGUUAUCCUUACCCUGGCUGCGUCAAUGGUAAUUGUAGCAGACCGUGGGAGUGCAACUGCAAGAAGGGUUGGGGUGGAAUGCUUUGCGAUGAAGAACUCAACUACUGUGAAACGCAUCCUGGAACUUGCAAGAAUGGUGCUAAAUGUAUAUCACUUAUCAAGGAAGACGGUAAUUACAAGUGUUUAUGCCGGGAAGGAACGUCAGGAAGAAACUGUGAACAUUCUGAAAUUCCCACAACUGUAAGAACUCCGACAAGCACUGUGGCGGUUAAUUCGACCACGCAAAAAAUCGAACCGCUUUCGGUAGACAAUGAGACAUAAAGUUCCCAAUUUUCGAACAAAGACUAUUCAUUAACAUUUCUCUGGUAAUGAAUUAGUUCCAUAUUGUCGGUUUAAUUCUACGAUGUGACGGGUGUUAUAAAAGAAAAACCACAACAUAAAAAUGUUAAUCGUUAAUGAAAUUAACUUGAAAGGUGUGAUGGGGCUUAAUGACUGUUUGUUUUUCGCAAAUUGAUGAUUGACCUCAGCCUGAUUGUCAAAAGUGUGCUAUAUAAAUAUAAUUAGGUUGAUUUUGUUCGAUUAUCUAAUUUGAUAGGGUAAUUAUAUACGUUAACGUAGUUCAUUCGAUACACAUAACUUGUUGUGAACCCGUCAGAUUGUAUUCGUAAACUAGUGGAAUCAUGAGAGGAAAUGAGAAAAAAUGAGUUCGUCCCCAUUUGCUUCUGUUUAUAAUUCAAUUAUUUAUGUCUAUUUAUUAUAUUUGUUUUCUAUUUAUUUAUGCCAUAUAUAUAUAUAUAUAUAUAUAAAAUAAACACAUAUUUAUUUAUUAAGGUCCUAUUAAGCUUUAUUAGUUUACGUGCUCUCCCAAUAUUUUGUUUCUACAAGAGGCUUUGAACUCAAAAGUGAGAACAAUGGAUACUUAAUAUUGAACGCAAAAUUAUUUCUGUAUGAAUACUCGUUAUGGUUUUUCUUCCUCAAAGUCGGACGUCUGAAGUGUGACAAUUUCAGAUAGUAUGAACCACUGUAGAAAUAUAAAAAACUGACAAUAUUAAUAAUAAAAUCUAAAUCCCAUUUAUUCUAAUUUUUAAAAGUUUGUGUCAAAAAUACCUUAACAUAUUAAAUGUAUCCCCCUCUCAACUGUAAACACUAAAUUGUUUUAUGAUUUUUUACAAAUAAAAAUGUUAUUCAUAUGAA